UACUGUUCAGGAUGAGGGAUCUUUCCAUCUGAAAGACUGUGCCAAAAAUCUGCUUAAAAACCUCAGUAGUCAAAUUGCUUCAUCACUCAGUUGGCAAGACAUGUGGACUUUUGUGGUAAAGAAAGCAGGUCAAGUGUAUGAUGAAAAACAUUCAAAAUCUCCUGCCUUGGCCACUUGGGGUGAUCCAGUUUUAUUGAAGACUGAAGUUCAGUUAACCUCAACUGAAGAUGCCGAGUGCCAUUGGGCAGACACGGAUGCCAAUGGGAGGAGGAAGACGUUUUGCAGCAAGGUGGAAGGAUAUGGGAGCAUCUGCAGCUGUAAGGAUCCAGCACCUAUUGAAUUUAACCCUGAGCCUCCAAUCAAUGCCGCCACCAAUACCAAACUAUUUGGUUUGAAUUUGAACGGGAAGCCGUUGGCCGUGCGCGCCAUGCCCAAGAACUGCGCGGUGAGGGAGUGCACGUGGCACGCGGGCCAGCUGGCGGCGGACAACAGGAGGGGAAGAGCGGUCUACCUCGCUGGAGCACAAGACCUCUGCUGCCUGCCCCUUGCAGCCAUCAACUUGUUUGUUCCUUUGGUGUGCCUCAUCUGCCCUGCUCCCAUUCCAGCCCUGCCCCAGCUCUCUGCCCCAUUCUCUUGGAAAUGUCGCUUCCGACACUGUAACGAGGAGAGGUCCGGCUGGCUGGCUUGGUCCCUGCCCAUUGCACCGGGCACGGGAGCUUCGCACCGUCUUCAGGUCGGUGAUGCCAGCAGAUUCGCUGUGAACUUUGUGUGCAGCAACUCAGACAUUGCUUUUCACUUCAACGUGCGUUACGAUCAAUCCGCCGUGAUCUGCAACACGCUGGUGAAUAACAUAUGGGGAACUGAAGAGAUAAAGCACCAGAUUCCCAUCAAUGCCGGAUCCUACUUUGAGCUCAUCAUUAAAACAUGCAAUGAAUAUUUCCAGGUCUCUGUGGACGGGCAGCAUUUCCUGGAGUUCGGACACAAGAUUCCCUUUAAGGGAGUCGACACCCUGAAGAUUGCCAAAGAUGUUCAUGUGAAUGUCAUCACCUUCAAAGAACCAGACGUGGGUAUCACACUGUUUACUUACCGAGCCCAAGCCCAAUUCGCUGUGAACUUUGUGUGCAGCAACUCAGACAUUGCUUUUCACUUCAACGUGCGUUACGAUCAAUCCGCCGUGAUCUGCAACACGCUGGUGAAUAACAUAUGGGGAACUGAAGAGAUAAAGCACCAGAUUCCCAUCAAUGCCGGAUCCUACUUUGAGCUCAUCAUUAAAACAUGCAAUGAAUAUUUCCAGGUCUCUGUGGACGGGCAGCAUUUCCUGGAGUUCGGACACAAGAUUCCCUUUAAGGGAGUCGACACCCUGAAGAUUGCCGAAGAUGUUCAUGUGAAUGCCAUCACCUUCAAAGAACCAGACGUGGGUAUCACACUGUUUACUUACCGAGCCCAAGCCCAGUGUGGAAGGGCAGAGACUGAGAUCACACCAUCCAAAGUGGCUAAUCCAACAAUCCCCUUUAUUGGGAAAAUACCGGGCGGACUUCAGGAUGGGAAGAUGGUGAUAAUUCAAGGACAAGUGCCAGAAAAAGCUAUGAGAUUCGCUGUGAACUUUGUGUGCAGCAACUCAGACAUUGCUUUUCACUUCAACGUGCGUUACGAUCAAUCCGCCGUGAUCUGCAACACGCUGGUGAAUAACAUAUGGGGAACUGAAGAGAUAAAGCACCAGAUUCCCAUCAAUGCCGGAUCCUACUUUGAGCUCAUCAUUAAAACAUGCAAUGAAUAUUUCCAGGUCUCUGUGGACGGGCAGCAUUUCCUGGAGUUCGGACACAAGAUUCCCUUUAAGGGAGUCGACACCCUGAAGAUUGCCAAAGAUGUUCAUGUGAAUGCCAUCACCUUCAAAGAACCAGACGUGGGUAUCACACUGUUUACUUACCGAGCCCAAGCCCAGUGUGGAAGGGCAGAGACUGAGGCAACCAGGCCCAUCACUGGUGUUCAGCACUGCCUCUGCUAA